AUGGACGCAAUAACCGAGAAGAAAGCCCGCGCGGAAGAUGUUAAUGUGCAAGAGGUGGUUGCAGCUGGGAUUGAAAACCCCCUGGCCGCCCUUUCCAAGGACGACCUCCUCCGCGAUGUUGACCGGUAUGCCCAGGAGUACAGCCUCGAUGACAUCCUUCCGCUUCUCCAGAAGGGCGCCUUGGUGGCCCAGAACCCAGGGGAUUUCGAGAACAUGGCCGAGCUAGAUGAGACAGAUCGCCAGUUCCUGCGUGAGGAAGUCACUCACCGCUGGAGACACCCUUGGGCACUCUACUACACCAUUGUCCUAAACUCCAUUGCCGCAGCCAUCCAAGGGUGGGAUCAAACGGGUUCCAAUGGUGCGAAUCUCACCUUCGCCACCCAGUUUGGCCUCCCGCAAGACGGCUGUGCAACCGAAGCCGAAUGUACCCGUAACCAGUGGAUUGUUGGACUGAUCAAUGCCGUGCCAUACAUUUCAAUCGCGUUUUUUUUUGAACUCCAAAGCGCGGGAUGGAUUUCUGAUCCACUGAACCAUUGGUUGGGCCGCAAAAAUACUAUCCUUGUGGCGGCGGUUUUCAGUUUGCUUGCCCCAAUUGGCUGUGGCCUGAGUCAGACUUGGGGCCAGCUCAUUGCCUGCCGUGUGCUGCUUGGAAUUGGUAUGGGCUUGAAGGAAGUCACUGUUCCAGUCUACUCCGCAGAGAAUGCGCCGACGUCCAUUCGCGGUGGCUUGGUAAUGUCGUGGCAGAUUUGGACUGCGUUUGGUAUCUUCCUUGGGACUUGUGCCAACCUUGCCGUGGUGAAUACGGGCCGCAUUGCAUGGAGAUUACAGCUCGGGUCCGCUUUCAUCCCAGCUGUUCCUCUUCUCCUUGGUACCUGGUUUUGCCCUGAAUCUCCACGCUGGUACCUAAUGAAGAACCGACCCCGAGACGCGUAUAAGUCCCUUCUCCGGCUCCGCAACAGCCCACUACAGGCAGCAAGAGACCUCUACUACAUCCACGCGCAAAUCAAGAUGGAGCAUGUGGUUGCGGUCGAAUCAGGAUACACUCAUUCUGGCAAUAUGCUUGUCCGUUUCUACGAGCUCUUCACCAUGCCCCGGCUUCGUCGUGCUGUCCAGGCUUCCGGUAUUGCUAUGAUUGCCCAACAAAUGUGUGGAAUCAACAUCAUCGCGUUCUACUCCUCAACGGUGUUCCAGGAGGCCGGCGCCAACAAUAUCCAGGCCCUCCUUGCCUCCUGGGGCUUUGGCCUGGUCAACUUUCUCUUCGCCUGGCCUGCUGUCUGGACAAUCGAUAAGUUCGGUCGCCGCUGGCUCUUGCUUGCUACCUUUCCAAACAUGUGUUGGACUCUACUAGCCGCCGGGUUCUGUUUCUGGAUUCCCAAAGACAGUAAUGCCCAUCUGGGUUUGGUUGCAUUAUUCAUCUAUCUCUUCAACAUAUUUUACUCGCCUGGCGAGGGCCCUGUGCCCUUCACCUACUCGGCAGAAGUGUUCCCACUGUCCCAUCGUGAAGUAGGCAUGGCCUGGGCCGUGGCGACCAACAACUUCUGGGCUUCAGUCCUCUCUCUCACAUUUCCUUAUAUGCUUCGGGCAUUCACACCAACGGGGGCCUUUGGAUUCUACGCUGGACUGAAUGCCGUGGCAUUUUUCUUAAUCUUCUUCUUCCUUCCAGAGACCAAGCAGCGGUCUCUGGAGGAACUAGAUUAUGUCUUCGGCGUCUCCACCCGAGCCUUCGCCUGGCAUAAGCUUACUGAAGUGACGCCUUGGUUUAUUCGGCGAUAUGUAUUCAUGCGCAAGGAUGCCGUUUGCCGCGAACUUUACCAGUUGGGCACUGUGCACGAAGUCCCGCCGCCUCGCCCUUUGGAUUCGAAGACGGCUGCGCAGCACCAAGAGAAUGUUUGA